AUGACGCGCUGGAAUAUUCUAAAGAGACCCGAGUAUUUUGUGAAGUUCGGGAAGGUCCAUAAAGUAGUCAUCAACAACAGCACCUCAUACGCCGGCUCGCAGGGUCCCAGUGCCAGUGCCUAUGUCACUUACAUCCGCUCAGAAGACGCCCUCAGAGCAAUACAGUGUGUCAACAACCUGGUAGUAGACGGCAGAACACUGAAGGCUUCUUUAGGGACGACGAAAUACUGCAGCUACUUUCUGAAGAGCAUGGGGUGUCCCAAACCUGACUGCAUGUAUCUACACGAGCUGGGGGACGAUGCGGCCAGCUUCACUAAAGAGGAGAUGCAGGCAGGGAAGCAUCAAGAGUAUGAACAGAGGCUGUUACAGGAUCUGUACCAGAACCCCAGCUUUACCACCCAGACCUCAGGAGGGGAGACGACCAAGAGCUCUAAACCCAGCUGUUUGCAGAGAUCCAACAGUAACAACAGUCACGGACAAGACGUGUGGCCAGCGUUACACCCCACGGGGAAGACGACCGAUGGUCUAUCGGAGCACAGUAAGAGCCCGCCGUCGAACGGCGGCGUCUUGGACACUGAACACGUGUCACCGGACGGACCUGAACGUGACGUUGGCCUGGGCUCUGUGACUGGCCUCUCGCCCUUCUCCUCAAGCCGUGACCCUCCAAGCCCCAGGGACGCUCUGCCAGAGGUCACCAGGAGCAGGGACACACAACAUGGGGACUCCUCAGAACGUCACAACCUGCUCCCAGACAGUGACUCUCCGUCGCCCCCUCCUGUCCUCUCCGGCCCUCCUGGUUUCUCCAAAGCCAGCCAGGUGGUUCCCAUCAGUGUGACUACCCGGUCUCCCUUUCAGGGGGCUGCCGCCGAGUCCCAGUCUCUGUUCUCUGACAAUAGUAACUAUCGCCAUCCUAACCCCAUCCCCAGCAGCCUCCGUGGGUUCCCCAGCACCUCCACACAUAACAACCACGACACCUGGCCCACUGCACCCCAACCACACAGCCUCUUCACUUCAGAUUCCAUCCCAGUAUCGUCCUCAACAGACUGGCAGGCAGCCUUCGGCUUCGGCUCAUCCAAACAACAGACGUCAGAAGAUGACUUGGGAUUCGAUCCUUUCGACAUCACCCGUAAAGCCCUGGAGGACCUGAUAGAGAAGGAGCUCAGCGUUCAGGACAGCCUCCCGUCCCUCUCCAUCUCCCCAGGUCCCUUCCCCCACCACCACCACUCCCUCCUCUCCUCCGUAGCUGCUCCUGGUCCCCCUGGAGAGCUGAUACCCCGAAACCACUUCUUCUCUGGGCCCAACUCCGGGCUCUCUAGUAAUCACUGCUUCUCCCAGAUGCAUCAACAUCACCCUCAACAACGGGCCGUCUAUAACUCCUUCAGCUUCCCCGGACAGCCGCCUUCAUCAUCGUCCUCGUCUUCAUCACAGACCAGCCGCCACCCCUGGAUGACGUCUGCCCCGAACCGAAAUAACUUCACGACGCACUUCGGCGGCAACCGUACGUUGUCACAACACAGCAGCUUCCUGGACCUGAUGCUGCCCCGUACAGGGCUGGGAGGCAUCGCCACGACAGGUUUCCCAUCGUCAGCAGGCAACAGUUUUGACUCCCUCCAGGAUGACAACCCUCCCCAUUGGCUCAAGUCCCUUCAGACCCUUCCAGACAUGGAUGCUCCGUCUGUCCCCAGCUCCACUGUGAACCCCGACCCCCAGCAGCCCAACUCACACAGCGGCCAGGUCCGUCCUCACCACAGACCCAGCUGGGCCCCCUUCCCACCCCCAUCCACAGCCUCUCUCAACCCCCACCCAGUCGGCCACUUCCACUCCCCACCUCCAGGCUUCCAGACUGCUUUCAGAUCCCCGGCUCAGACACCCACAGAGCUGCUACAGAGCGCCGGCAUGGACCGCCACUAGGGGGCGAUGCUGUGAAGUGGACUUCUGAUUCCCGUCUUUAAAUCCCCCACAGAAACAUAAAUUAAACUAAAUCGGAUGUAAUUAACAAACAAAAAAACAUUAAGAGAUGUUGUUCUUCCUGGUGAGCUGGUUUUCUGAUCCUGUGUUCCAUCUUGGUUGGGUUGUUUCAGUUGGUCUAUAGAGGUAAACUACUAUCCUGCUACACUGUCUGUCUGUCUACCUGUCUCUGUCUGACUACCUGGCACUGUCUGUCUGUCUACCUGUCUCUGUCUCUCUACCUGACCCUGUCUACCUGUCUCUGUCUCUCUACCUGGCCCUGUCUGUCUCUCUACCUGGCCCUGUCUGUCUCUCUACCUGGCCCUGUCUACCUGGCCCUGUCUACCUGGCCCUGUCUACCUGGCCCUGUCUACCUGGCCCUGUCUACCUGGCCCUGUCUACCUGGCCCUGUCUACCUGGCCCUGUCUACCUGGCCCUGUCUACCUGGCCCUGUCUACCUGGCCCUGUCUACCUGGCCCUGUCUACCUGGCCCUGUCUACCUGGCCCUGUCUACCUGGCCCUGUCUACCUGGCCCUGUCUACCUGGCCCUGUCUACCUGGCCCUGUCUACCUGGCCCUGUCUACCUGGCCCUGUCUACCUGGCCCUAUCUACCUGGCCCUAUCUACCUGGCCCUAUCUACCUGGCCCUAUCUACCUGGCCCUAUCUACCUGGCCCUAUCUGUCUGUCUCUACCUGGCCCUAU